AUGAGAUUUUGGCCUGAACACAAGGGUUUGAUCAAUCUUACCACAACGCCAACGCACUGGCAGCAACACUACCUCCUCAUCAAGCAUGUACAAAAAUCCCCAAACCUCCAGCUCCAGGAAGAAAACCGGCUCUUGCGGGAACGCUUGGAGCAAUCUGAGCAGACCGCCUCCGCAUUCCAAGCAGAGAUCGGUAAGCUUCGCAAAGACGUGACUCGCUUGUCUUCUUUAAAACCCACAAACAAGAAAAUCGAUGAUCAGGUGAAGAGUGUAUCCAAGGUGCAAACCCAGCUCGCAACGCUCGACAAAAAAUCCGAAAGCCUUGCCAACGUACUGACAUCGCUGCAACAGCAAAUGUCCAAUCAAACUGUCAAUCUCGACACCCAUCAGCUCACAUCUCAAAGUGCUCCCCCUGGAUUCUCUACCCCUCACCCCUCUCAAUUUGCAUUAUUGGAAUUCCUUCACUCUCAACCAGCCAACUCUGCUACCUAUCCACCUGCAACAGCUAGGCUUUAUGUGGCCAAGGCCGCGUCUGAGGCCCCACCAACGCACUUCCAUCAGCAAUGGCCUCAGGUCAUCAGGGAUUUGAUUGCCAUCUUCCAUGCGUUUGCCAAAGUCAACCUGGAUCGCUUAGACACAACAACAUUAACCAACUUUGUAACAAGAGUUACCAAAAUCAAAUCCAUCGUCACACUUCGAAAGCUUCCAAUUCAAUACCUCUGUGCCUUCCUGGUGGGUGGUGUCAGCGGUCUACUGUAUGCCGGAACCAAACAAAUCCCCCCCGAGUGCCUUGUAACACUUGUCGCCUACCUGAAGUGGUACGCCACUCAACCCAACCCCCUUUUGCUAGAACCACGUCAACACUGGCCCCGCUGCCGCCAAAUCAUUCUUAUGGAACUUCUAGAAGAUGCAGAAGAUGCCUAA